AUGCAGAAGCUACUGAAGAAGCAGGAUGACACUGAAGCCCAGAUUAAGGCUUAUUGUGAAAUCCUGUGAGAUCAAAAAAGUGCUGGGAUGUAUGCUGAAGGUUGUCUCCGUCAGCAUCUACAAAAUGUGGAUAUCUGCCAGGUCCAGAAAGUGAGCCAUAACAUCAUCUGUUCGAAUGAUCACAGUGCCUUAAUAUACCAAGGUCAUCCAAGAAAAGGUGAAACAGGGCAGGGAUAAACGAUAGGGUUGAGCUGAAGCCUAGAACUAGGCUUUGCUUCUGCCGUUCGUCCAAGUGAUUCUGCUAUUCUGCCUGGAUCUCCAGCAAGCUUUUUGGCUUUGUAAGAGGGUGAUAAGAUAAUUGAGUAUGGCUCUGUCCACAGCCACAGCAUCCAGACCCUACAGAACACUUCCACUGCUGUGCAUCACAGCAAGGACAAACCAUUAAGCAUGACAACUCUGCAGAGAAGGAAAAAAUCCCUCCUGGCCACUCCAAAAUGCUGGAAUGAAAAAGGACUUCUGGGUUAG